GACUAAUGUUGUCUUUUCCCUUUUUAGAUGCUUAACUUGCGGUAGAUCGUUUGAAUCAUACUUACAUUAUCAUACUAUAAUUAUUUUUUUAUUUUAAUGUAGACUAGUAGAGAAUUGAAUCAAGUAAUGGAAAAAGCUAUAGAAGACACGAACAAAUAUAAUGAAAUUGAGGAAGCUAUAUCCGAGUUAAUUUUGGAAGAAGAGAAGGAAUUUGUAAAGCAAUUGGCGGCGUGGAAUGGAAGGGCACACAUAAGGAAGAAUAAUUCAAAAACUGGAAGUGCAGGAAUGGCAACGGUUCAUGCAGGAUCUCCUCCACCCCCUCCACCACCACCAGGAAACGGAAGCAAUAAAGUUAUUCCAAAGCCGCCUCGACCACCGUCUCCACCUCCCCCGCCUCCAUUAUCAAAGACUAAAGCUAAUCAAGGAAGUCCAAAACAACCGCCAUCUCCGCCUCCACCUCCGCCACCCAUGCCUAAAGCUAGUCAUGGAAUUCCAAAACCUCCGCGACCACCACAGAAACAAGAAAGUAAAGGAGUUCCUCUACCACCACCGCCGCCUCUUCCACCAACUCAUUCAUCUCCGACUAUAAAAAAGCCUAAUUUAUAUCAAAACACUCCUAAUUUUAACGAAACUAGUUCUUCUAAGGGUGAAGUAAGUGAAUCGAAAAACACAAAUAUUGAGGAAAAUAUGGAUGAUAUUAGAAAUGUUGACAAGAAAGAAAUUUUGUCCAGAAAUCUUGAAAAAAGGCGUCAUUAUAUGCAAUCUGAUGAAGACGACUAA